UCAGGGGAUUGGGAGGCUGCUGCUGGCUUGGCUCUGGUGAAAUUGCAGGAUAUUCUUGUCUGUUGAAGAGGAUCAUCAGAUCAAAGCAGUGAGGAAGAGGAGGGAAAAGCACAAAAAUGGCGAGGUGGUGCCUGGCAGCACUCCUGAUGCUGCUGUUUGUUACCUGCUUUCACUGUGAUCAGCCUCGCACCCAAUUUUCUUCCAGCACCGUCAUUAACUCUGUGGCCCAGGACCCGCGCACAGGCCGACUCUAUCUGGGCGCCGUCAACCACAUUUACCAGCUGGACUCUAAUCUAAAAGAAGAAAGUGUAGCUAUCACGGGCCCUAAAAAAGACAGUCCAGGCUGUACUCCUCCAAUCACAUCCCAAUGCACCGAAGCCAAGGAGACAGACAACGUUAACAAGCUGCUGCUGGUAAACCCGGCUAACGGCUCACUGGUGGUGUGCGGCAGCAUCUUUCGCGGUAUCUGCUCCCUGCUCAAUCUGAGUAAUGUUGAGCAAAUCUUGUAUUUCAGUGACUCUAAAGGUGAGAAGUCAUAUGUGGCCACGCGAUCCCUAACUGUCCCAGUGGUGGGGGUGAUCUCAAGCAUCAGUCGUAAUAAUAAUAACAACCUGAGCGUCUUCCUGGUGGGCCAGGGCUAUGGCCCCUCCGAAAGCUUAAAACUAGUGAGCACACGUCUGCUGGAACAGCAUGCAGACUUUGACAUUUUUGAGAAUGUGGUUGAAUCAUCCAUUGUGCAGAUGAGCCCAUCAAUGCAGCGCUACUAUCACGAAUUCCGCUAUGCUUUCAAGGAGAAGAAUCACAUCUACUUUUUGUUCUCGCGUACGCUGGGAACCGCAGACACCCGCAGGUUCACCUUUGUGGCUCGUCUGUGUGAGAACGAUCAGAGCUACUUUUCUUACACGGAGCUCCAGCUCAACUGUAGCAGAGACGGAGAGAACGUUUACCAUAAGGUACAGGCUGCGUACCUGGCAUCUCCGGGACUUGCUCUCCUCAAAAACCUCAGCUCCAGUGAGGAGUUAAAAGAUGGAGAGAAGGUUCUUUUUAUGCUGUUUAGCGACGAGGGGGGCUUUAAAUCAGCUCUUUGUGCAUAUCCACUGAGUAGCAUCGACCGCAGGAUGGAGGAGGUCAUCAAAUCAUGCUAUAAUGGUGAAAGUUCAAAAGCUGUAUCGCCCUACUCAUCAUCUAAACCUGAAGAACUUUGUGCAAAAAAUUUUCAAACCCGAGCUAUGUUACAGACAUCCCCAUGUGGAGCUGAAUUCCUGCCAUCUCCUCUGGCCAGUAAUUCGGAGUCUGCUUUGAGCACCAGCCCAUUGUACUUCAGGGAAAGCAAUCUGACAUCGGUGGCUGUGACAGUGGUGAACAAACACACCGUGGCCUUUUUGGGCACCCAACAAGGAGAAGUGUUUAAGGUGCAUUUGAUGAGUAAUUCGGUUUCCUAUGGAAAGGUUCCUGGAGAAGGUUCUGAAGGUCCAGUUAACAAAAACAUGUUUUUCGAUUCCAGCAUGGAUCAUCUGUACAUUACUACUGCCAAAAAGAUCACUAAAGUCCCAGUGCAGGCAUGUGAGCAGAAGAAAGACUGCUUGUCCUGUAUGAGUCAGCGGGAUCCAUACUGUGGCUGGUGUGUACUGGAGGGCAAAUGUACAACCAAGAGGAAGUGCAGUCGAGGAGAGGAGAAGAACGCCUGGCUCUGGAGUCCCAACCAAAAGUGUGUGACCAUCAAAGCUUUCGAUCCUCCUAACAUUAGCUGCAAGAGCAAAAAUCAGGUGAAGAUCGAUGUGCCUGACCUUCCCAGCAUAGACGGUCAACUGAAAUGCGUAUUCGAUAGUAUUAACAGCAGUGCCGUGAUGACAGACGGACAGAUCAUCUGUGCUCUGCCAGAUCCAUCCAAUAUUCCACCAACACCAGAGACACAAGACUUUGUAGCAAUUGAAGUGAGGAUCAUGUUAAAUGAUGACAUUAUGGUGACACACAGCGAGUACAAGUUCUACAACUGUGCCGCGGUCGUGAAGAAAGCUGUAAAUACACCGUGUGAAGCAUGUGUGAACAGUGAGUGGGGCUGCCAGUGGAACACACAGGAUCACACCUGCAGUGAUCAAGAUGGCUCUCCGGGAACUGAUAGCAUCAUCAAACAUAAAGAGCAAGACAAGUGUCCUCGGUUUGAAAACCUGACACCAUCACUCAUUCCUGUGGACCGGAAAAUCAAAGUCAGCUUUCAAGGAACAAAUCUAGAAAAGUACAAGGGAAAAAUGUUUCAGAUUGGCACAGAGCUCAUGACGCAGGUGGGAGACGUAACACCACAGGGUUCAGCAUUUUACUUUGAUGGCUAUAAGUUUUCUUAUAACAAGAAGCCAGAGGUGAAUGUGAUGUUCUAUGUGAAGGAUAAGGAGACAGAAAAGAAAAUUGACAGCAAAUUAAAUGUGACUUUGUAUAAUUGUUCGGUUGGCCGUGAGGACUGCAGCCUGUGUAAGAGUGCAGAUGCAAAGUAUAAAUGUGUAUGGUGUGCCUCCACUAAGUCUUGUAUCUAUUCCGAACUAUGUUCCAAUGAGCUACAGGAUUGCCCCGAUCCUACUAUAACAGAUAUUGUGCCACGGUUUGGGCCAAUAGAUGGACAGAUCUUGGUCACUGUUAAGGGCUCCAACCUGGGAAUUAAAAGUGAAGACAUAAAGAGUAUAAAAGUGGCAAAUGUGCCCUGUGAGCACCAGGUGGAAAGAUACACCGUCUCCACAAGUCUUGUGUGCAAGAUCGGACCUCUGAUUGAUGUCCCGCAAUAUGAGGGGCCAGUAGAGGUCGAAGUAGAGGGAAAGAAAAUCAGUCGAUCCACAGUACAGUUUGCUUACAGGAACCCUAUGCCUCAGAUGUUAAAUCCCACAAAAGGUCCUGCUGCUGGGGGUACAGUUAUUACCAUCACAGGUCAAUUUCUGGACACGGCUACUAAAGAUGACACAAGCGUUACCGUUGGAGGUGUGCCCUGUGAAGUAAUCGACUUUGGAUCGCAAAUCACGUGCAAGACGGGACCAUAUACAAACCAGGUUCCCUCUAAGCCACUUACAGUCACUGUAAAAUAUGGUCAGAGCACCAUUAAAGAUGUUACUGAGAGCACAUUCACCUACAUGGCAAACCCCAAACUCAUUGAGUACUUCCCUAAAUCAAGCUUCAUGUGUGGAGGCCGGAAGAUCACAGUAGUGGGGACGGGAUUUGAUCAGCUUCAGGGAGCUGUUAUGAGAGUGCUGCCCUCUGCCGAUGAGUUCAACCAGGAGCCCAGCAAUGCUGAGUUUAAACAGAACUUUCAUCAUAAGAAUGAAACACAUCUAGAGUUCCUCUCCCCAGCCAUUUAUAACGUUUCUGAAGAUCUUUCCUUCAAGACCAUCUUUGAACUGGACAACGUUCAGAUAAACCUGACUGACUUUGAGUACUACUCUGAUCCCAAGUUCUCCAAGUUGGAUAACACACUCAUCACCACCAACAGCGUCAUUAUUGUCAAUGGUGAAGGUCUGUCCAAUGCCAUGACGGCUCAGGAGGCGCAGGCGUUCGUGGGGGACGCACCAUGCGUGGUGACCAUGUUGAACGAUAAUAAGCUGUACUUAAUAGCCCCGCCCACACCUCCUAAAUCGAGAUCCAGACGCCAGCGCAGAGACACCAGUUCAGAAACCAUGGAGCUGGUGGUCAAGUUCGGUCAUGGAGAGUGGAAUGUGGGCUCUGUGCACUUUGAGAAGAAAAACGAGGUUCCUCUUCACAUUAUCAUUCCAGCUGUUAUUCUGCCCAUGUUACUCUUCAUUGCUGUGUCAGUGUACUGCUAUAGGAGAAAGAGCCAGCAGGCAGAGAGAGAAUAUGAAAAAUUGAGACACCAGCUGGAGAAUCUAGAGGAGAGUGUGCGGGACCGUUGUAAAAAAGAGUUUACAGAUCUAAUGAUUGAGAUGGAAGACCACACCAGUGAUAUGAGUGAGGCUCGUAUCCCUUUCCUGGACUACAAGAACUACACAGACCGGGUCUUUUUCCUGCCCUCCAAAGAUGGCGCCAAUGACGUCAUGAUCACCGGCAAACUGGACAUCCCAGAAAACCGCAGGGCCACUGUGGACCAGGCCCUUAAUCAGUUCUCCAACCUGCUUAAUAGCAAGACCUUUCUCAUUAAUUUUAUCCGCACUCUGGAAAGCCGACAGGAGUUUAAUGCUCGAAGUAAGGUGUACUUUGCCUCAUUGCUGACGGUGGCACUGCAUGGCAAGCUGGAAUAUUACACCGACAUCAUGAGGACACUCCUGCUUCAACUUAUGGAGGAACAUGUACACAGCAAAAACCCCAAACUGAUGCUUCGCAGAUCAGAGACCGUGGUGGAGAGGAUGCUGUGUAAUUGGAUGUCCAUUUGUCUCUACCAGUUCCUUAAGGACUCAGCUGGUGAGCCACUCUACAAGCUUUUUAAAGCCAUAAAACACCAGGUAGAAAAAGGGCCGGUAGAUGCUAAGCUUAAAAAGGCUAAGUACACUUUGAAUGACACAGGGCUGCUGGGAGAUGAUGUCGAGUACUGUGUCCUGACCCUGCAGGUUCUAGAUGGUGCGGAUGUAACACAAGUGAAAGUGCUGAACUGUGAUACCAUCUCUCAGGUGAAAGAGAAAAUCAUUGAGCAGGUUUACAGGAACUUUCCCUAUUCUCAGAGACCCACCGUGGAUAGUGUUGCUUUGGAGUGGCGUCCUGGCUCCACCGGGCAAAUCUUGUCUGACUUGGACUUAACAUCACAGAAGGAGGGCAGGUGGAAACGUCUUAACACUUUGGCACAUUACAAUGUGAGAGACAAUGCCACUCUUGUCCUGUCCAAAGUUCUGCACACCCAACAGUCUUUUGACCAGCACCAGGACUGGCAUGAAGAAAGGAGUGCUCUGCUAGAGGAUGAUAAAGUGUUCCACCUGGUGAGACCAACAGAUGAGCUGGACGAUGUGAAGCCCAAGAAGGGCAGCAUGAAAGAGAAGACCCCUGUUAAAAGCAUCACUGAGAUCUACCUGACCAGGCUGUUCUCCAUGAAGGGAACGCUGCAGCAGUUCGUCGAUGACUUCUUCCGCAGCGUUUUGUGUUCAGGCUCUGCCGUUCCUCCAGCUGUCAAGUACUUCUUUGACUUCCUAGACGAGCAGGCACACAAACACGACAAUGUGGACGAGGAGACCAUCCACAUAUGGAAAACAAACAGUCUGCCUUUACGCUUCUGGGUUAACAUUCUGAAGAAUCCUCACUUCACGUUUGACGUGCACGUAUCCGAGGUGGUGGAUGCCUCACUAUCAGUUAUUGCCCAGACCUUCAUGGAUGCCUGCACAAAGACCGAGCACAAGCUAACCACGGAGUCACCAAGCAACAAGCUCCUCUAUGCAAAAGAGAUACCCACAUAUAAGAAGAUGGUUGAAGAGUACUACAGAGGGAUUCGUCAGAUGGUGCCAGUCAGUGAUCAAGACAUGAACACACACCUUGCUGAGAUCUCUCGUUCGCACACAGACAAGUUGAACACCCAGGUUGCCUUGCACCAGCUUUAUCAGUAUGCCAGCAAGUACUACGAUGGAAUCAUCUCAUCACUAGAGGAGGACCCAGCUGCCCAGAGUAAGCAGCUGACACUUCGAUUGCAGCAGAUCGCAGCCGCUCUGGAGCACAAAGUCACUGAUCUUUAGUGGUUUGAGUCAGCGUCAGUGAGUGGGACAUUUGACAGAGUGUUGACUCUCGCGUCUUAAUAGCUUGUUUCUCUUCUUUAACCUUCAGAGGGAUUAGCACAGAGUAAAUAAGCUGUGCAGAACAAUAAAAGGACAAUGGUGGGUGAAAAAGUCACUCUGCGGUACGUUACAGAUUUUAAAGAUCGACAUCCUUUUCGCGGCGUCACUGAUAAUCAUGUGUCAAGUUUAUCCUUUCGUGUGCAGAUAAAGUUAAAUAGUAUUAUAUGUAUAUAUAUUUUUACACAAAAUGAAUUUAUAUUUCUUUUUGAUUACCACUGCAUUCGCUUUUGAGUAUUUUUAAAUCACAGUAACCAUCGAAUAUUGUCUGUCCCAUUCUUACUGUUGGAUUUGCAUUGCUGGUGCCUCCUGGUUCAGUUGUAUUCUCAAAAUUAUGCCUUUACAUUUAAUGCUUCUUCUUUUAAUGCUUCUUCUUUUAAUGCUUCUGGUACUUCUGUUAUGGCUUUUCAUUUCUGUAUAUUAUCAGGGAAUGCAGGGUUACUCAUUUUACAGCAUUUGUUGAGUUGCUUGCAGUAGGCUUCUAUGUUAUCAUGUCAAUGUACCCUUUUACACUAAACACAGCAGCCCAUAAUUUAAAUAAGACAGUGUUUUCAACCUGUAGUGCUAGUUAAACAGCAGCAGUAUCCAUAGUUCAAAAUUCAGAAUAAUUUACAUAAGUCGAAUGAAGAAUACAAAUGCCUCUGAACAUAGCCUUAAGCCUGAUGUAAUCACUGAUCUACAUUAAGAGACAGCACAUGUGCAUUAUUUUCUACAGUCAUAAGUGCUCUUUCUUGGUUUCUUUGUAUUAAGGUCAGUCAUAUAGCUGCUGAUUUGCUACAGUUGAACACACUGCUUACCUCACCAAAUAGAGGAUAUCAGCCAGUUUUUUAAGUCUACAUUGUGUUAUUUGGUCUUAAAUUUAGGAUACAGUCUAGUUCAUUUUA